AGGGUCGUCAGAAAGGCAGCUGAAAAAACACUAGUGGGCUGAAAUCACGAGAAAACUGUUGAGUCAUUUAUAGCGGGGCGCCGGGAGGUCCGCGGGCCCCAGUUUGAGAAGCCCUGGAGUCGGUGAAGUUGAGUCCGGUGUCAGGCAGCUGUGAGUCAGCCUGCAGGAACCAGGAAGUGCGUUCAUCCCCGAUUUUAUCACUAAAUACGGCGGUGAACGGGAGCAGACAUGUGUGCAGCUGUUUCACAGCCAGAGCUGAGGCUGGUGGUGCUGGGUCGGACGGGGGCAGGAAAGAGACCCGCAGUCAGCGCCAUCCUGGGCCUGCAAGACGGAGAGCAGGGCACAGAGCCCAGUCCCAUCUUGGGCCUGCAAGACGGAGAGCAGGGCACAGAGCCCAGCGCCAUCCUGGGCCUGCAAGACGGAGAGCAGGGCACAGAGCCUAAAGUCAUCCCGGAGUGCAGCAAACACAGAGGAGAGGCUGCAGGCAGACAGGUGGUGGUGGUCUCCUGUCCCGCCUGGUUCGGCUCAGACUGCGACCCUAAAGACAGAAGACGUCACAUUUCCUCCUUCAUCUCCUUAUCGGCUCCUGGACCGCACGCCUUCCUGCUCUGCGUCCCCGUCAACCAGCCGGCCGACGAAGAGGCCAAAGCUCUGGACGUCCUGGAGGAGCUGCUCGGCCCGGCCGCCGUCAGCACCAACACCAUCGUGCUCUUCAGCCACACCGAGGAGCUGGAGGAGGACGAGCGGCUGGAGGAGUACCUGGUCACGUGGAGGAAGGACCUCCGCGAGCUGGCGAGGCGAUGCGGAGACCGAUACCACACGCUGGAGACCCGCGGAGGAGACGGUGACGGCGACGGCGAGGAGAGGAGAGCGGUGGAGGAGCUGCUGGAGAAGGUGGAGGAGGGCGGGGCGACACACUUCACCUGCCGUCUGUACGAGGAGGCGGAGGAGAGGGUGAGGGAGAAACAGGCGGAGCUGGUGAGGAAGAGGAGAGGAGAGGACGGGCGGGCAUCUCCUACACAGGAAAACACCACAGAAGAAGAAAUGGAAGCGGUCCGAGACGAGGCGGAGAGGAGCGUGGAGGACUUGGACGUGGAUGUGGAGAGUGUUUUCCCCUCCCUCAGCGUCUCCUCCCCCGCUCAGUCCUUCCUCUGGGUUUGGUGGGAGAAGCUGAUGGGAUGGGUGAGGCGGCUGCCCAAACUGGUGAGACGGGAGGCCCUGCUGGGGGCGCUGGUCGGCCUGUUUGUCGGGGGGCCGUUCGGAGGGAUAAUGGGCGCCACUGUGGGGUCGGUGGCGACUGAAGUGGUGAGAAGAAAGUCAAAGAAAACCAAAUAAGAGUUUCUUAUAUUCAUGUAUUAAGAUGCACCUUUGAGUCGCUUCACUGUGUUAUUGAGCUUUAGAGAAAAAAACAUAUGAAGUAUUUCUGUAGGCCAACCAGGAAGUAUCAUCGCCAUGGCGUCUAACCAGAAUCCUCCUAUGGGAUGUUUUCAAUGGAUUUUGGAUCAUUGCAGAAAAUAAUCUCUGUGUUAAACACACGUUUCUGAAGCGUAGGCGUUUUGUUCAGCAGGAUAAUCUUCACAGAUGAACGCCAUUUUUAUGAUGUUUGAAGCGUUAAUGCGGCCGACAGAAGUAAAAAGCUAACGUUAUGCUACAAGCUAACUACACCACGGUCGGAUGAUUGUGACGUCACUAGCGUUCUGCUUCAGACGAUCUCCGAUAAACUAAUCCACGUAGCUUAAUAAAUAGUUUACUAACAUAAUAUUCACCUUAACCUAAAGAUUAAACCUACAGGAGACAUCUCCGACUAGUGAGAGAGUUCCCGACCUCUGUGUCCGGCGUGAUGACGUUUAAUGUCCCCGACGACCGCUGUAGUCACAUUUAGCCACUUGUUAGCAACCGCCUUUUUAAAGACGAGUAAAAACUUCAAACUUCACAAGUGGAGGUAUUACCUAACGUAGUUUAUGUGGUCUAACAAAACACCAACAUCUCUUCAGCUUGUGUUAACCACAGACCUUAUUUCAGGAGUCUAACCACAAACACAUACAAAAUCCACAUUGACGUUUAGACGUUAGACCCCAUGGCGCCCAAAUGCUAACUUACUUCCUGGUUUUAGGACUCAUUCCUGUGGGGCUCUAUUAGCUUAGCGGCUAACGUCUUCUCAGCAUUAUUAACACUUGAACACUAAACACCAGAACAGAGGUAUUUACUUUAAAGAAGUCUUUGAUAUCUAAAUGCUUUAACUAUGUUUAAUAAAUCACGUUUCAUGGAUCGAUGUCAAAGAAAUGGAGGAUGUUUGAAAAAGUCUUCUGGUUUUUGUUCAUCUUACUUUUUUUGUUUUAGUCAGCAUCGAGAUAUUUAUCAAGUUAUGAUCAUGAAAUCAUCU